AUGAACCCAUCAACUCAAAAUUCUUCUGCAAGUUUAAGAGCAGAUGGGCAAACUGUCUCUUUCGGUCAAAGGAAAAUUUGGGAUAAUGAAAGAGAUCUCCCAGAUGUUGUAAAGCUUUUAGAUAGGGAAUAUAAAGAAGUUAUUCCAUUUUCAGAUAUACAAAGUAGAAUGAUGGAAUGGAACUUUAUACCAAAGGAACACAUUAUUGAAGCUUGUGAUACACUUAGAUCUUUAUGUGAUUCGCAAGGUAAUAUAAGCCUCCAUAUAUUAAUAGAUCAACUCACAGGAUUUCCUGAAGCCUCAGAAAAAGAUGAUAUGGAUGCAAACAUUGAUACAUUAGAAGCUUACAAGAUAUUUGAUCAUAAUAACAAAGGUUGUAUUGAUCUUGAAAGUCUAAGAAAAAUAUCAAAUGAGCUUGGUGAAGAGCUUGACGAUGAAACUCUUAUUGGUAUGCUUAACCUUGCAACUCAGGAUGUGUUUAGGAAACAACAAUGUAUUAUUAGCAGAGAUGACUUUUUUUCCCUUGUAAAGAGUAAGGUAUUGAAUUAA